AUGGCUAAGGUAAUGAAGAAUGCACAAACCGGUAAUGUUAACCAAUCUGGAGAACGACAUGAAGAAAGCUCAGCAGCCUCCACGCUAGUACAAAGGGAAGGAUUGGGCGAAAGGAAAAACACUAUUGCAACCAUGCCACUAGAAGGAAAAGGUGAAUAUUCCAAAUCAAAGGAAUGUACUUAUAAGCACUUCAUGUCCUGUAAACCUCAGUCCUUUGACGGAAGAAAGGGAGCACUAGAAGCUCAAGACUGGCUCAACAGAAUGGAGUCAAUAUUAGACAUAUGUGAGUGUGAUGACCGCAACAAAGUACGGUUCGCCGUACAUAUGUUUGAAGCUGAAGCCCUUCAUUGGUGGAACAUUGUGGUCCGAAUAGAGGGAAAAAAAAAGGUUAAGGAGAUGAAGUGGGAGGAGUUUAUUCAUAAGUUUCUUGCUAAGUAUUGUCCUCCUAGUGAGACCGAGCAACUGGAAGUGGAAUUCUUUCAGUUAAAAAUGGGAAAUAAAACCUAUCGAGAAUAUGUUUCUCGUUUCAAUGACAUAUCUCGACUGGUUUCUUAA